GGCGGGGGCGCAGGCGCGCUGCAGGCGGGCAGCCGGUGAUGGCGUCGGUGGCGGAGUUGGGGGGUGCGGGCCCAUGAGGCGGCCCAGGCCCCGCGCACCCAGCACCGGCGGGAAGGGGCGGCGGCGCCGCGGCGGUUCACACCCGCGCCAUGGCGGGCGUCUUCGACAUCGACCUGGACCAGCCCGAGGACGCGGGUUCGGACGAGGAGCUGGAGGAGGGGGGUCAAUUAAGUGAGAGCAUGGACCAUGGAGGAGUUGGCCAAUAUGACCUUGGCAUGGAACAUUGUGAAAAAUUUGAGAUUUCAGAAACUAGUGUAAACAGAGGUCCAGAAAAGAUCCGACCAGAGUGCUUUGAGUUACUGCGCGUACUUGGCAAAGGUGGCUAUGGAAAGGUAUUUCAAGUGCGGAAAGUAACUGGAGCAAACACCGGGAAGAUAUUUGCCAUGAAAGUUCUUAAAAAGGCAAUGAUUGUAAGGAAUGCAAAGGAUACAGCUCAUACAAAAGCAGAGCGGAAUAUACUGGAGGAAGUGAAACAUCCCUUCAUCGUAGACUUAAUUUAUGCCUUUCAGACUGGUGGAAAACUCUACCUCAUCCUUGAGUAUCUCAGUGGAGGAGAACUAUUUAUGCAGUUAGAGAGAGAAGGGAUAUUUAUGGAAGACACAGCUUGCUUUUACUUGGCAGAAAUCUCAAUGGCACUGGGGCACUUGCAUCAAAAAGGAAUCAUCUACCGUGAUCUGAAGCCAGAAAAUAUCAUGCUUAAUCAUCAAGGUCAUGUAAAAUUGACUGACUUCGGAUUAUGUAAAGAAUCUAUUCACGAUGGAACAGUCACACACACAUUCUGUGGAACAAUUGAAUACAUGGCCCCUGAAAUCCUGAUGAGGAGUGGGCAUAAUCGUGCUGUGGACUGGUGGAGUUUGGGGGCAUUAAUGUAUGACAUGCUGACUGGAGCACCUCCUUUCACUGGGGAGAACAGAAAGAAAACAAUUGACAAGAUUCUCAAGUGUAAACUCAACUUGCCUCCCUACCUCACACAAGAAGCCAGAGAUCUGCUUAAAAAGCUGCUAAAAAGAAAUGCUGCCUCACGUCUAGGAGCUGGUCCUGGAGAUGCUGGAGAAGUUCAGGCUCACCCGUUCUUCAGACACAUUAACUGGGAUGAGCUGUUGGCACGAAAGGUGGAACCUCCUUUUAAACCCUUAUUGCAAUCUGAAGAGGAUGUGAGCCAGUUUGAUUCAAAGUUUACACGUCAGACACCUGUUGAUAGCCCAGAUGACUCUACUCUCAGUGAAAGUGCCAACCAGGUCUUUCUGGGUUUUACGUAUGUGGCUCCAUCUGUACUUGAAAGCGUAAAAGAGAAAUUUUCUUUUGAACCAAAAAUUCGAUCACCUCGCAGAUUCAUAGGUAGCCCUAGGACACCAGUCAGCCCUGUAAAGUUUUCCCCUGGGGAAUUCUGGGGAAGAGGUGCUUCUGCCAGCGCAUCAAAUACUCAGACACCUGUGGAAUAUCCAAUGGAGACAAGUGGAAUAGAACAAAUGGAUGUGACAGUCUGUGGAGAGGCCUCAGCACCACUUCCAAUCCGGCAACCAAACUCUGGGCCAUACAAAAAACAAGCUUUUCCCAUGAUUUCCAAACGACCAGAGCACUUGCGCAUGAAUCUAUGACAACACAAUUUUUUUAAGCCUUUGAAGGUGGAAAAGAAAGAACGGACAUAAGCCCCCUUGAAGUGGAAAUACGAGGGCUUGUAUGGUUUACUUUUAAAAAGUGACAGUAUCAAAGAGUCAGUCAUUGCACAGAGCGACUUGGAAAGCAAAGAAAAAUGGAUUUUUUUUUCGGUCAAUGGUGCAUAAAAAACUUUAGAGAAUGGUAUUGCAGAACUCUAGGCACAUCAUCUAUCUGAUUUGCAGCGACAUCUUCUCACCUUAUCAAGGAUUUUUCAGCUUGAUAGCUUGAAACUGACAGUAUUAAGGGUUAGGAUGUUGCUUCAGAAUCACUGGUCUAGUCGUGAAUGUGUCAAGGAGGGUUAGCCCUUUCACUAGGCAAAGUAUGAAAUGCCUGUAUGCUUGCGUCUGAGGAAUAAUUAGCAUGCAAGCUUGGUUAAGCUGUUUCCUACAAUGGGGUGGAAUCAAAGAUGAAAGAUAAAAUUAAUUGGUAUUUCACAUUCAAAACUUAAUGAGUUUUUUAUAUAUAUAAAAAUAUAUAUUUUUCAAAUAGAUUUUUUGAUUCAGCUCAUUAUGGAAAGUAUCCCAAAAUUAAAAAUGCAAAAUAAUUGGUUGCUGUGAAGAAAGUAAAGGCUCUAGUUCUGAUUCUUCUCCUCAUGAAACAACAAACCAAUAAGUGAAUCACUCAGUUACCAGCUUGGCAAUGUGGGGUGGGAGAGAACUGUUUCACUUGCUUACCCAGCUGAAAUACCUGUUCCUGCAAAGACAAAUGGAUCUAAUCAAAUGGCAAUGCUGCUAUGUUCUAGGCUUAACUGGAAGCCAUGGGCUCACACACGUCCUGCUUAUUUCAUCCUUGUCCUCAGCAGACAUUUCACUGGGAAACAUCACUUUUGUACACACUAGUCCUUAGACGGAAACAGCUCAAUACGUUCAGAUUCUUACCCAUAUAAAAGAUCAGGAGAAAGUGCAUCGGAGCACAAGGUCAGUAGAAACAUUUAGGCAGUACCACAGGAGACAUACAAAAAUUCUACAUUGUAUAAGGAAAUGAACCUUUUUGUAACCAGUGGGUAAGAAUUUGAGGAUUUUUUUUUU